CAAUGAGAGGGCACGGGAAGUACACGACGUUGAGGCUGCUAAUGUCGUGCCUUGAGAGCAGAGGCGACGUUCCGGGGGCGGCGGCGGCGGCAGUAGCCGCAGCAGCAGGGGGCAGAGCGUGAGGUUUGGGACUUCCGGGGUAGCAAAUCGGCACCACGCACGCGCUCAUAUGGGCGUCGUGGCAGUUUCCGGUGCAUUCCGCCUCAUCGUCAGAAACCCACAGGCUCGGAUCCAGUUUGGGUGCUUGAUUCGGCUCCCUGUUCGUAAUCGCUUCCUCGGGUCCGCGUCGUCGGCGUACGCAUCCAUGGCCAGCAGAGAAGUCCAUCCGCCUCCUGGAAUACCGUGCGGCGACCCAGGAGAUCCGUACAAGCCGGGCGAGGGCCCCGCGCCAACUCCGCUGCUGCUGACGGGGCCCUCCCUGGCCGCGGCGCGGGACUGCCGGCUGCUCGUGGUGCUGCGCGGCCUGCCGGGCAGCGGCAAGUCGACCCUCUGCGCCCGGAUAGCCGCGGCGUUGGACGCGGGGGACGGCGGCGCGGCCUCGGUGGCCGUGGUAUCGGCCGACGAGACGGCGCUGACGGCUGCUCAGGCCGCGCGCCACCACGACGACGGCGACGACGAUGGCGACGCGACAGAGGAGACGGAUGAGGACGAGGCGAAGGAUCCGCAGAAGAGACUGCGUCAAAAGAUUCGAAAGAAGUGCGCGGCGGGCGUGGACGCGGUGAUUGUGGACGGCACGAACCACGUGGCUAUGAGCGUGCUGCGGGUGGGCGCUACCGCCCGCUCCUUCGGCUACCUGACCCUCAUCGUGUGUCCCACCACACCGUGGAGGGACGACUGCUGCACCCUGGCCAGCAAGACGCAUUGGGGCUGGGGAGUGCAGGCCAUCGAGGCCCUGCGGCCCAGUUUGCAGGAAGCGCUGGUGCCACUUUAUUUCGGUUGGUUCCUCACCAAGGGCAGUGUGCAGACCAUGUGCAAAAUUUCGGACACCUUUCUGCUGAAGAUCGCAGCCAUUUCAGAGUUUGCGUCCGAAUUCCAGCCGUUCAUGAAGUGGCAGAAUGAGCAAGACCAAAAAAUGGACCUUGGCGCUUACUUCCGUCGAUCCAUGUUUGUCGGAGGCCCCAACGUGCUUCACUGCACGGCCAUGUUCUGUGCCAACGGCGAGGUGCCAGGGUCCGAGGAAUAUGCCACAUCACAGGCUGUUCAAGAAUCCUGUGGUCACGCCUUUGUGCUACAAGUGACUGCCUUGCUCGUGACACCACGGACCGUUGGGGCACGUGUGCAACUGAGUGCUGCGCAGAUGGCACUGUGGGAUCCUAACGACUGCAGCAGCCACUUGGACAACCACAUCGACACCACCAUGCCCACCCAACCUCCAACUGACUGCACAGUUCCUAAUCUGCCCCGGGGCAGCAGGGCACACAUCUCACUGGGAUGUGCCCCAGGUGUGGAGCCUGUGCAGACUGGUGUGGACCUGCUGGACAUACUUAAGUGCAGCACCAACCCAGAAAAGAGAAUAAAGCUGUCAGUCGGAGAGCUGUGCUGCUAUGGGGCUGGACGCUGGAUCGUCAAUUUGAACAAGGGACACCUGGUUACCACACUCUUCACAGGUGCCUAUGCACAGGCCACAAGGCCAGUGUGCUUUGGUACAAAAACUUGCCCUUGACAUGUUGCAUAUUGAUCCUUGAUAUUGAGUUGUGAAUGUUUGGGUUAAUAAACACGCAACACCAUUUUGACGGUUUAAAUUUAUUUCAAAAUAAAUACAAGACUUGAAACCCCAAAAACGUAGAUUCUGAAUGCUUUGAAACCUUAAUGCUUGGAGAAGUUCAGCAGCUUCAUCAUGGAAAGCUGCCUUAAACGUUAGUAAACACUACACAAUACACCCUAAACUGAAAACACUUGUCCCUGCUAUAGAAAACCUAAAAUCCAACAGCAAUGAGCUGUCCAACAAUGAAAGUCACCUAACCAACAUUCCAAACUGUUUAUAAGCAUCCUCAGUAAGGAUCUAUUGCCAAUUAACUUUUAUAUCAAAAGGUUCAUUUCUGGCAGCCAUUUUUGUGACCAUCUUUGAUUUUGCCAUGGGCCUCAAUUUCAUUCAUUUAAAACCAUUAUUUUACAUUUGACCUGUAUUGGGGGGAAAGUGCAUUGCCAAGUCUGAAUGACACCUAUGGCAGCCAAUAGAUGACCACCUGAAUUACCUCAAACUCGCAGACAGCGCUCACAUCAACCAUUCCAUGUAUGGCUACAUGGCAUCUGUAAACAUGAAGGCCAAAACGUGCAAAACAGCUUUAUACAUCAGUAAAAUUUGCCAAUUGGUAGGCAAAUUGAUCUAAAAAUAAUUCCUAUAUUGUACAAAAUGUUCAUAAACGCAAAUGUAACUCACUUGGCAAAAUGGCCACCAAAAUUUACAAUCUUGAAGUUAGAAAUCCUGAUAGGAAAAAAGUUCAAACAUCUUUCCUUUAACACUGUAAAGUCAUGACCCAGUUUUCCCACACCAUUGGUCAGUUUGGCAAGUUUCAGACUAUUAGCUAUCUUAGCUGCCAAGGGUUGAAACAGUUUGCACCAAAACUGGCUUGUGAUUUCUUAACUCCAGCAGAGCUGGCAUUUAUAAUCAAAACCUUAAGCCACAACCAUUUUAAAUCGAGCACUGGUUAGCUGUUUCUUCACAUAUGCAAUGUUAUACCAAUAACAAAUUUACCAAGUGGUAUAAACCUUGUAUAGAACGGCAAAUUUAACUCAAGUACUAUAAUAAAAUUUCUCAGAACGUUGCACUAUGGUCCAUUUUGACCAAUUCAGACAUCCUUACAUCUAAAACAAAAAAAACCUCUAAGACUUCAUUGAUCUUGCAUUCUUACACCUCUGCAGAAAUCAUACAUCCAUUUCAAGCUAGCUUCUUCACUCCAUGCCUUCAUAUCCAUCAAUGUAAGUCUACACCUAUUUCCAAGAGCUCCCCUCACCUAUGUUCAGGUUGUUUUCAAACUGCCGGUCCUUAGUUUAAUACAGAAAUCAGCAUACCUCGUCUCAAUUGCACAAAAUGGAAAACCAGAUAGCUUGUUAGGCAGAGCUGAUAUAACUAAAGAUGCGUUUACCUUCCUCUCCACACAAGCUGUCACUGCCUGCCUCAAUGGCCUACUGUACACCAGGUUCUAAAGUGAAAUUCUUGCACAACCUAACCAAGCUUCUGCACCAUACAAAGCCUACCACACCUUACAGCCUCGCCAAACCUGUUUGACCUCAAAGGAAUUAAGGAGAAACUGCAGGCCAGGCACCACAAAAACAAGCUCGACUUUUUAAUACUACAUACCAUACCUUUCACCGCCACUCCCAGGUCAGUCAAUACUUACCUGCAUGUCAAACCCAGUCGCCACCCUCCACACCUGCAAAGAUAUUACAUUUGUAAAAAAACUAAAAAACACACUUUUCAUUAAUGUCUAUCAAAUGUUCCAGGUGCAUGUAAAAACCAACGUGUAAACUUUACUCAAUUAACUACCCUACCCCGUAAGGCUUUAAAAAACGCACUUAAGUGAAAAUCUUGCCGCAAUAAACUGGGAAUCACCCGUCUUAACAAAUAUAAAACAUCAAAAGCUAAUAUACUAGAAUAUUGUAAAUUGUAGGAUUGCACAAUACCGAGUAAAUGGUCUUACCUACAUACCGCUUGGUAUCUGUCCUACAGGGUGCGUCAGGCUCCUACAUCCAGAUAGUUUGGUCCACACCGCUACCUGAGCUGGCCCCAUGUUGCUAGCAGCUAUCAGCUGGUAGCUAGCCAAGGUAGCGGUAAAGGGUCUUCUCAGCAAGCCUCUCCUUUACACGUUCUCCUAGCUGGUGCUUUCUCCUUUGUAACUCCUUGGUUGUUGGCAUGUUCAUAUAGAAAAAAAAUCACCUUUAAUGCAAAAACACUGAAAAGUAAUCUGCACUGGUAGUGUAGGCGUUUUUCGAUGCUUGGGAAGCUGAAGCUGAUGGCUUGGUAAGUCUUGGCUGAAGCUGAGGGCUUGGGCAAAGCUGCUGCUUUUAAGUUGAUCGAUGCUCUUAUCCACCUUCGCUGCAUGGGGGGGCUGCUUGAAAGGCUUCUACAGAUUGUGGCCAUGUGGUAAGAUUGCAGAUGUACAGUGGCUUCGACUCACUUCAGCAAGUGAUAAAGCAUAUUAAAAAGCCUCGCACCACUUAAAAUGUCAUGAUUGGCAUGGUAACCAUUUUGCCAUUAAAGCAAGGCUGCUGUAUUGUAGCCAUAACCAUUGAAGACGUUAGACAAUGUAUUUAAAAACAAUGUACACCAUGUGUAGGCCCAACAGACUUUAUGUAAUGUUUACAAAAUAAUUUCAUAACUUAGUCCAAGAUAACAAAGUUUUGCAAAUACGUUUAAAUUUGGAUGCACUUUUCGAUGUAUACAGUUCACCAGGACACAAACUUUCAUAUUUUCCAAAUAAAUUCAGAAACCUAAAACACUUCAAAGCAAAAAAAA